GUUCGAUUCGCCACAAACCACCACCCGACUCAACAGCCAGCUGCCCCACUUUAUACAAAAUAAUUUCUCGCUAUGGCCACAAACAGCAUUAAGAUCUUUGCCGGCAAUUCACAUAUUGAAUUGGCGAAGUUGGUUGCUCGUCGUCUCGGAACCGAACUGUCUAAGGCUGUUGUACUCAAGUACUCCAACCAGGAAACUUCGGUCACUAUUGGGGAGUCUGUGCGUGACGAAGAUGUGUAUAUUAUCCAGUCAGGAUGUGGAGAGAUUAACGACAAUCUUAUGGAACUGCUUAUUAUGAUCAAUGCCUGCAAGACAGCAUCUGCACGCCGCAUCACUGCUAUUAUUCCUUGUUUCCCUUAUGCCCGUCAAGACAAGAAAGACAAGUCUCGUGCCCCCAUCACUGCCAAGUUGAUUGCUAACAUGCUGACUGUUGCUGGUGCCAACCAUGUCAUCACUAUGGAUCUUCAUGCUUCCCAGAUCCAAGGUUUCUUCAAUGUUCCUGUCGACAACCUCUAUGCUGAACCCAACACGUUGAGAUACAUUGCCGAGAACAUUCCUGACUACAAGAAUGGUGUCAUUGUCUCGCCUGAUGCUGGUGGAGCCAAAAGAGCCACCUCAAUUGCCGAUCGUCUGGACUUGGAUUUUGCUUUGAUUCACAAGGAGCGCAAAAAGGCUAAUGAAGUUUCAAGGAUGGUCUUGGUAGGAGACGUCAAGGGAAAGAUUGCCAUUUUAGUCGACGACAUGGCUGAUACCUGCGGUACCCUUGGAUUGGCCGCCAAAACCCUUGCAGAAAACGGGGCCGUUAAGGUAUAUGCCAUUGUAACACAUGGUAUUUUAUGUGGUAAAGCCAUCCAAGUCAUCAACGAUAGUGUGUUGACAAAGGUUGUUGUAACCAACACUGUUCCUCAUGAGGAUAAAAAGAAAGUUUGUCCCAAGCUCGAUACAAUUGAUAUCUCUGGCACACUUGCUGAGGCUAUCCGCCGUACACACAACGGCGAGUCUGUCAGUUAUCUUUUCAACCAUGCUGUUUAAGCAUUUUUCUUCUGCAUUCUCCCCACUCUCAUUUUCCUUUGUUUUCCAACAUUUGAAGCAUCUGGACUCUUGACCUUGUCCUUUUUUAUUUUUAUUUUUACACACUCAUAUUCCAUACAAAAAUAAAGAUUUCACAUAAU